GAGCAGUUCCUUUAUACCUAGAAACUGAGUGGUUUGAGAAAGGAAUUCUCCAGAGGCUGUGUUCUUUUGUUCCUGUGUUUGUUCUUCCCCAUCUGUAUCCUUAGGUGUGAGUUUACUGGGCUUUUCAAUCGGAAACAGAUUCAGACAUGAUAUGGAAGGUGAACAAGAUCCCACCACCACUGGGAGUGGGAUUGAGUGUUAAUCCUUGUUUUUCAGAACUGAGUCAAAAUGGGGAAACAUCUUGUGAAGAAGGUUUUUGAGGGCUAGAAUGAACCUAGUUAGGGGACACUGAUUUAAAGAUAGGGGGAAAACGUUGUCAGUCCAGGCUGCCAAAGUUAAAAUACAGCUGAARUAUUUACCCUUGAAUUUGAAAUUCAUUAAAGAAGAUUCUUUAAUUCUGAUCUCCAYAUGUAUAUUCAUGUGCUGCAUGUGUACUUUAUGGGGCUUACUCACAGAAAUUAUGUCUCUAGUUAGGGACCMUUAAAUGAGAGAUAAUUACCAACUCUGUGACUGUCUUAGAGUGGGCAAGAGGAUAUGUGAUAAUUAAUGAUAGUGCAUCUGCAGAGUAGGAGCUAUGAUAGAUAAAAAUCUAUCAUCCCAUACAAGUGACUGCCUACUCAUCCCAUGCUGGGAAAUGUGCCUGGUCUGCUCCUCUCCCUGCUGAGGGCUUUUUAGAAGGCAAGUAGAAGCAUGAUGUCAAAUACUUUUGGUUCCAGUUACCUCCACAUUUUAAACAAACAGACUGUUAACUAAUAGGAUGAAAUCUGUGCUACAGCUGUGCCACAGCUACCUUGCCUUUUACCUUAUAUUUUGUAAAGAUAAAAUGAGAAAAGUUUGUCUUUCCUUUUGCUUUUGCUGUUCAUUCUUUCACCAGUGGCGACUAGAAGGGUACAGGUGCUGACUGCCUCUCGGGUUGACCUGUGUAACAAGUCAGUGUUUCACAGAAGGAAGACACUGCUACCCAAAAAUUGGACCUCAUCCAGAGACARCUUCAAUCUCUUCUCCUUUGGGCCUUUUUUCUGACCAUCAAAGCAGAGUUGCUGUGUAAUGUGGUAGCUCUCAAAGCGAAAUCAUCUAUAUCACCUACCAGUGUUUGCCAGGAGACAAAGUACAUAUUGAGUCAUUUUGUCUCUUAAUUUGGUUUCUUUAUGGUGGUUGUAGCUAUUUUCAAGUCUUCCCUUGGUAAGUUGCCUUUUGUGAGUUUACUGAGCUGUAGAUAUUAUAUUCACUCACUUUGGCUGCUGGAACAAAAGCAGAAUAAUGAAAGAAUUAUAAUUUGCUGGCAGUUAUAUUUGUGCUUUGCAGGCAGAAUUCAUUGUAGUGCAACUCUUUGUGGGUUAAUGAAGUUAAAGCAAAGCUUUAUAUAGUAUUCUUUUAAACAAAAGCAGCCUGCCUAAAGCUGUCUCUGCUAGUGUUUUCCUUCUGCAACAAUUAGAGUGAAUGCUGCUGGUUUAAAAAUGGAAUAUAAUUUGAGGCUUCUAGCCUUGGUCAUGAGUCCUUGUAUAACUGAAGUUUAAAAUAUAAAAUKAAUAUUAAUGAGGUGGGGAGGCUUGUCCUUUAAUACUAAUCCAUUGUGAGUGGAGCAGCUCYAGAGACGAGCUGAUACUGGCACAGAGACAACCAGCAGUUGACUGCUCUUUGAAAAUGCCUCAUCAGUCAAAGUCUUCACAGGCUCCUGAAUUCUUGUCCUGAUCAGAUACAGAARGGCACCUGAACAUUUCUGGUAUCCCUGCCUGCUGAUUCUGUGUGCAUUUUCCUGGGGACAUUCCUGUAUGCUGGCUUUCAGCUGURGCUUGUUGCAUGGAUGGAAGCGUAAUGAAAGGCAUAUUUGUUAUCUUGCUGUACAAACCCAGCUGGAAAUACAACACUUGUUUUUGCUGUGAGAGGGGCAGCCAGCUCUGUACCCACACCUCUGGACCUGACAUCUCUUAGAUCAUAAUGAUAAAGGCCAAAGAUAAGGCUGAGGAGAGUGGUGCAAAGCCUAAGCAUGUGCUUAGUAACAGAGGAACCCAGACUGAAAGCAAGAAGGUGCUGGAAGAGACAAAAAGUGUGAAAAAGCUGGAUGAAAACAAGGGAACAUGUGAGAAGGUGAACACAUCUAGUGCUAUUGCCCAUAAAGCUGACUCCAAAGCCCAGCUUAAAGAGAGGACAGCACAGCAGCAAGGUGCACAGGCAGAAGGUGCUGGCAAAACCCAGAGCUCUAAGAGCUGUCAACAGCAAAAGGACGUCGGUGUCAAAGCUUUGAACCAACACAACGGUCUCCCCUUCGUACAUCAAGAUCACGCAGGCAACCAAAAUGUUCCUGCUAAAGCACAGAACGUGGACAGAGCCCCACACCUUGAUGAGUGUCCCAGGCAGCUUGUUCACCAGAAACCUGGGAAGAAUGAAAACAAACCCCCAGCGCCGAGUGCGGCAUCCCGGGAAGCUGUGCCCUCCACAUCCCGGGCUAUAUCUGACACGGGGUGUGAAGUGACACAUACCAGGAUAUCCAUCAGUGUGCAUAUGACUGAUGUGAAAGAAAAGACAGAGAUGACCAAGGAGGGAAGUGUAAGUGACAACAGAGGUAAAGGUCCUAAAGUGAAAUCCACACCAGCAGACUUGAAAGGAGUCAAACAGCUGCCUGACAAAUUAAAACUCCACCAGAGUCCUAAAAACAACAGCACCGAGCCAAAUUCAGAAGUUAAAAGGGACAAUAAGCAAAAUGAACUUGUACCUCAAACAGGGAAGCAGCAACCAUUCCUGAGCAAGCCCAAACCAGGCAAAAAGGCUGAAGAGAAAUCAGAAUUAAAAUGCGAGCCCCAAACCUCACAGAAUACCUCUGCAAAGGAGCCUGUGACAGAUGCAGGGGUAGAAGUGAAGGUCCAUCAAGAAACAGCAAAAGCAGAAAAAUCCCCAACAGCUASCAACUCUGAGAGGAGAGAAUCUGAGUCUGCAUCUGCAGGGGGAAGCAGACGUGAGGCUCGGCAGUGUACAGGAGUUGCACCGGAGAAGAUGAAGCCACUGGAAGCUGGCAGUGCUCUUCUCACUCAGGGGGAAAUCAUUGAUGACAGCCCUUCUCCUCCAGCUCCUUUCGAGCACCGCAUGGUCAGUGUCAAGCAAGCGGAGGUGACCACAUGCUACUCCGUGUGUCGUCAUGAGGUCCUGGGGGGGGGGCGUUUUGGGCAAGUCCACAAGUGCACGGAAAUAUCAACGGGGCUCAACCUGGCGGCCAAAAUCAUAAAAGUGAAAGGAGCCAAAGAGAAGGAGGAAGUAAAAAAUGAAAUUAACAUCAUGAACCAGUUAAAUCAYGUGAAUCUGAUCCAGCUUUAUGAUGCUUUUGAAGCCAAAAAUAAUAUCACUUUGAUCAUGGAAUAUCUUGAUGGUGGGGAAUUAUUUGACCGGAUCACAGAUGAAAACUACCACCUGACCGAGCUGGAUGCCAUCCUGUUCACCAAACAGAUUUGUGAAGGAGUCCAYUACUUGCACCAGCAUUAUAUUCUCCACUUAGAUCUGAAGCCUGAAAACAUACUAUGUGUAAAUCACACAGGAAACCAGAUUAAAAUUAUUGACUUUGGAUUAGCAAGGAGGUACAAACCCUGUGAGAAGCUGAAGGUGAAUUUUGGGACUCCGGAGUUCCUGGCUCCCGAGGUGGUGAACUAUGACUUCGUUUCCUUCCCCACAGACAUGUGGAGCGUGGGUGUCAUCACGUACAUGCUGCUUAGUGGCCUGUCCCCAUUCCUGGGAGAGACUGAUGCAGAGACAAUGAAUUAUGUAGUCAAUUGCAGCUGGGAUUUUGAUGCAGAAGCAUUUGAACAGCUCUCGGAGGAAGCCAAAGACUUUAUCUCCAGACUCCUUGUCAAGGAGAAAAGCUGCCGGAUGAGCGCCACGCAGUGUCUGAAGCACGAGUGGCUCAGCAACCUCCCCGCCAAGGCCCAGAAGUUCAAGCUCCGCCUGAAGUCCCAGCUGCUGCUGCAAAGUUACAUGGCCCACAGGAAAUGGAAGAAACACUUCUAUGUGGUGGCUGCUGCUAACAGGCUGAAGAGAUUUCAGAGUAUGACUGUCAAGCUUGCAUGAGCUUGUGUGAAACCUCCACCACUCUURGAGAUGGACAUGAAGCCAUGGAAGGACUCAAAUUCAGUAAUUUCUACCCCUAUUUUAUAACAUAAGGUUUUGGGACUGUGUUCCUGUAUUAUUUUGUGUGCUAGUGCUACGGUUCCUGAAGUGCCUAAAGGAAGAGGCACAAGAUUUCUUACAGGCAGAAGCUACUUAGUUUGUUUUCGCAAAUUUUUAGUUGUUCUAUAUAGUGGUGGAAAAACGUGGGUGUUACUGGGGCUGACUUCUUGCUGAAGGCUUUGAUGCUGCAGAGUAUUGUUGGUGUGUUUACUGCAGAAAACCCGUUAGUUUUCUGGUUUCUCACACCAAGCCUGGGAUCUCCAAAGACUUUCUUCCUGACUGAUGCAUGUUACCAGCUUUAGAGAACUGYCACAACACUGGUACAACUUGUCCCUUGGGUGUUUGUUACUAAAAUGAGACACCA